CGCGCCAGUGAUGCGGCGCGACGGUCUCUCACUGCAUGUUUCCCAGUCCCUGUCGGUCUCGUGUGUAUAUUUUGGUGCCUCCGAGAGACUCGUUCGGCUCGCGUAAUAUCGAACUGCUGCGUACAUCCGAGAUAAAAAAGCACGCGUCGAGGCUUGCAUCAACGACGAUAUGAAGGAACGAGAGCGGUGAAUUACUGAAAAAACAAGACGAACGUUCCUCGUUCGCAUAACCGCAAAAACACAUAAACGAUGAAUAAGCCGCCGACAAACGGCUGCUUACAGCUGUCCGUUGUCGCAGGAAUCUGCGCUACCAUCGGAAGUUUGUUCGGAAAACUCGCCGGCAGCUUGUACUUCACGACACUGGUUUCUUCGCUCUUCAAAUCGUUUCUCCUCGUUGUUAUGGUCGUUAGCAACACCGCAGGAUGCACUUUAUUCGUCAAGAGCCUUCAGGGCAGUGGGUCUUCCUUGCCAGCGACAGUGGUCAGUGCUGCCACCAAUUACUUUUGCUCGGCUCUCAUCGGUUUUCUCGUGUUCGGUGAGUCCACCUCGUUGAUGUGGUGGUGCGGGACGUCGCUCGUCCUACUUGGUCUAAUUCUCAUCUGCUGCACACCAUCGGGAAAGCUCUCGAGUCCUCCGUCCACCAAAGACAAAGAACUGUGAUUGCUCCAACGGCUUGAUAGCGUCAUUUGUGUAUUUUUAAACUCCUAAAACUCUCGGCUGGAGUAUGAAUAAAUAAACGAAAAUAUUCCGA